CUUGUUUUCUUCCAGAAUGGGUUCUAGCUGGGUUCCCUGGGUGGUGGCUUUGUUAGUGACGGUAGUCAGGCUGGAUUCCUCCAUGACUCAAGGCAGAGAUGCUCCAGAAGAUUUUGUGAUUCAGGCAAAGGCUGACUGUUACUUCACCAAUGGGACAGAAAAUGUGCAGUUUGUGGUCAGAUUCAUCUUUAACCUGGAGGAGUAUGCACGUUUUGACAGCAAUUUGGGGAUGUUUGUGGCCUUGACGGAGCUGGGCCAGCCUGACGCUGAGCUGUGGAACAAUCGGCCCGAUAUACUGGCAAGGAGUAGAGCCUCUGUGGAUGCGCUCUGCAGACACAACUACAAGCUGGGUGCACCCUUCACUGUGGGGAGAAAAGUGCAACCAGAGGUGACAGUGUAUCCAGAGAGGAUCCCAGCCUUGCAGCACCACAAUCUGCUGCUUUGCUCUGUGACAGGUUUCUAUCCAGGGGACAUCAAGAUCACGUGGUUCCGGAAUGGGCAGGAACAGAGAGAGGGGGUCAUGUCCACUGGCCUCAUUAGGAAUGGAGACUGGACCUUUCAGACAAUGGUGAUGCUGGCAAUGACUCCUGAACUUGGAGAGGUCUACACCUGCCUUGUUGAUCAUCCCAGCCUGCUGAGCCCUGUUUCUGUGGAGUGGAGAGCUCAGUCUGAAUAUCCUUGGAGAAAGAUGCUGAGUGGAAUUGCAGCCUUCCUGGUUGGGCUAGUCUUCCUUCUGGUGGGGAUCGUCAUCCACACCAGGGCUCGGAAAGGUCCCAAGAGCAGUUCUUCGUCCACAGCCACAUUAAGGUCCUAAUAGAAGCUUCUCCCCCUGGAGCCUGAAGAGGGAUUGAGUGGCCCUGGAUUAAGUGAAGGACAUUCAUGAGGUCAAUGUUCUGGAUGACUCGUUUCCAUGAGAGCUUGGCGGAGUCCUGAACUGAUUCUAGAGUCUUGUGUUCUGAGAUCACGCAUCUCUCAUCUUUGUGCCCUUCUUCCUCCUCCUUGUCUAUAAUAGUCCCCAUUUCCAAGGACCAGAAAUUCCCCUAAGACCUAGCUCCUUCCAAUCCCAAACUUUUUACUUUUCUGUGGUCC